GAGGUGCAUACUGCCGGGCCUAUGGUGAUCCUCACUACCAAACCUUCGAUGGGCAGAACUACGAUUUCAUGGGCAUCUGUACCUACACACUGUCCAAGUAUCAAAGUACAGCGAGCAACGAUAACCUGAAGCCAUUCAAUGUGGAGGUCAAAAACGAGCAUCGGAGGAACAACUUCCAUGUGUCAUACACGGCAGAAGUGUAUGUUGAUGUCAGUGGUCAUCGCAUCACACUACAGAAGGGGAGGAGGGUCUUGGUUGAUGGGGUGUUUACCAGGUUGCCGUACAUGGGAGCGGGUUUCACCAUCCACCUCCACGGUCGGCAGGUGGUGGUCGUCAUGGACUUUGGUGUCCGAGUGGCUUUCAAUGGACUGAACAUGGUAGAGGUGUAUGCACCUCCCCCCUACAUGGGGAAACUUGUGGGGAUGUGCCAAGACUUUAACAUGGACAAGAGUAAUGACCUGAUGAAAGCUGAUGGCACACCGGCAGUCAGCUCCGCAGACAUGGGCAACAGCUGGAACACUGAUUCAGAGUGUAGAGAGAUGGAGGAUGAGUAUGUGUUCAACUGUCCUGCCAGCAUCGAGCGACGUGUGAAGGACAAGUGCAACGCUCUGCUAGACCCUGACUUGGAGUUCUCAGCCUGCCACUUACUUUUGGAUGCUCAGAUGUACACUCAGAACUGCAUAAUUGACAUGUGUGAAGAUGAAAGUGAGGAGCAUCGGUGUGACAGCUUUGCCACCUUUGCGGAGGACUGUGCAGAACAUGGUGUUGUUAUUGACUGGAGAAGUGCAACAGGGUGUGACUCCCUUAUGAAAUGUCCAGAAAACAGUACCUACAGUACCUGUGUGAGUCCCUGUCAGGCAACAUGCCGUGACAACAACCCUGCAGACUGUGCCGGGGAGAGGUGCCUGGAAGGCUGUCAGUGUAAGGAGGGAUAUGUGCUCAGUGGGGAGACGUGUGUGCUGCCCCAAGACUGUGGGUGCUUACUGUCUGAUGGGCGGUACUAUGAGAUAGGAGACAGGUGGGGAGAGAUCCGGACCCGUGGAGACAUCGGGGAGACGAGAGAGUGCGAGUGUCGCCGUGGAGACCAGGGCGCAGAGCAAGUCUGCCUGACUGUCCGCUGCCAAUCACCAAACACAUGGACCCUGAUGGACGGAGUGCUGGGGUGUCACUGCCCAGGCUGUUUAGAUGAUAAAACUCCUGUCCUGACGGUCAGUGCUGUGCAAAAUUACUGUGCAGCCUUUGGUCAGUCCCACUAUCAGACCUAUGAUGGGAACCUGUUUGACUUCCCCGGCACCUGCCAGUACCUUCUGACUGGAGACUGUAAGGCAGAGUUGUUUCAGCUGCUGUUCCGAAGUGACAUGGACUGUGUUACCCAUGAUGCACCAUGCAGACAUGAAGUGCACCUCUACAUGCCUUCCUUGACCUCUGACCUGACAUUACAGCAGGACCAUGUGGUCACCAUGGGCAACCAGACAUUGUCUCUACCAUUUGUAGCUAGAGGUCUGAUGGUUGAGAGAGUCGGAGAUUACGUUCGAGUAGCGAUCCAUCCAGAAAGAAAGGCUGUUGUUUAUUGGGAUGGCUACUCCAGUGUGUACGCCUACCUGGACCCCUCACUACAGGGACAGAUGUGUGGGUUAUGUGGAAACUCAAAUAGAAACCCUGAUGAUGAUUUCACACUGCGAUCAGGGGUUACUAUGUCCAGCCCCAUAGCUUUUGGGAAUAGCUGGAAGAUGACAGAGGUGGAUGAGACCUGUCCAGAUGUGCCAUUCGAAAAUGUUGGUGCUUGUGACACACUGACAACAGAAGAUCUCGCGGAGAUUCAGGAAGUUUGUGAUGUUAUGAAGCAACUGGAGUCCUUCCAGCCCUGCCAUAAGGAUGUUGAUCCCUUCCCGUACAUAGAGACUUGCAAGCUCGACAUGUGCAGAUGCAGCAAUGGCAGCAGAAAGGACUGCAUGUGUGAUGCCCUGACCCAGUACUCACGUGCUUGUGCUGCCCAUGGGAUAUCUCUGAACUGGAGGCAACCAAAUUUUUGUGGUAAGGUCUGCCCCAGUGAUAUGGUGUAUGAUGAAUGUGGCACGGCCUGUCCUGGGACGUGUCAGAACCCUGAGCCUGAUGAGGACUGUAAGGACAGAUGUGUGGACGGCUGCCACUGUCCAGCUGGGGCCCUGUGGAAUGGCACACAGUGUGUGGGGGUGAAGGACUGCCCCUGUGUGCACCAAGGAAGGAACUACAGACCCGGGGACACUAUACACCAGGACUGCAAUGUGUGUACCUGCAUGGCCAGGAAGUGGAUCUGUACUGAAAACAUCUGCCCAGCUACCUGCAGUGUCCAUGGUAACCUACACUACAGUACAUUUGAUGGGAACCACUAUGAGUUUGGCAGUGCUUGUCAGCAUGUUCUGGUGAAGACUGACAAGUUCACUCUCAUUUCCAACAACCAACAGUGUGGAACAGACCCUAAAACAGCCUGCACUAGAUCUGCUACCCUAUCUAUACAUGGUGGAACUGCAGGCAGGAUCAGACUUCUUCAAGCAGGAUCUGUCUCUGUUGGAAACAUCUCAGUCACCCUGCCAUACUAUGGAACUGAAUACACCAUCUAUCAACCGUCAUCUCUAUACGUGGAAGUGAAGACAACCUUUGGCCUGACUGCCCUGUGGGAUGGCAGGACAAGUCUCUAUGCCACAGUUACUGCAGAGCUGUACGGUAAAACCAAGGGUCUCUGUGGGACGUUCAAUGGGAACCAGCGUGAUGACUUCACCACCCAGAGUGGGGUCGUGGUCGGCUGCCCUGCCGAGUUCUCCUCAUCGUGGAAGGUCUCACACCAAUGUCCUGAUUCCUGGCUAGAGAGAGGGCUGAGUCCCUGUGCCAUCAAUACCCAACGUGCACAGUUUGCUGCAGAACAAUGUCGCAUCCUGCUGGGUCCUCUGUUUGCACCCUGCCAUGACCUGAUUGACCCGUCACACCAGAUCGCCCAUUGUCAGAAUGACGUGUGCCAGGGAACUGACCCGACCACCUUCCUCUGUUCAUCUGUUGCUCACUACGCGAGGGAGUGUGCACAGAAAGGGGUUGUUAUUGACUGGCGGCCAGGCACACUCUGUGCUGUGGAAUGUCCCACAAAAGUGCAGGUUUGGCAGGAGUACAGCUCCAGCUGUGAAAGCAGCUGUCGCCAGCUGUCAGAACCUAUCUCCAGCUGUACAGCUGUGGCUGGCUGUAACUGUCCAUCAGGACUGUACCAGUCAGAGGAUGGGUCCUGCGUGCUAGCCAGCGAGUGUCCAUGCUUCCACCAGGGAGAGGUUUACGAGGCACAAACUACAGUAGAGUUUGCUGAUACAUACUCCAGAUGCUCCUGUGAAAAUGGUGUGAUGUCUUGUGAAGUGAGACCAAUUGAGAAGGAAUGCUUCAAUGAGACUGUGUACUUUGACUGUGCCGACGCUGGAGAUGGUGAGUUUGGGCUGGGAUGUGAAGCAUCUUGCAGCAACCCAGCAAUGGACUGCCCGCUGGACAACAGCUGCAUUUCAGGCUGUGUGUGUGCUCCAGGCCUACUGAGGCACCAGGACAGGUGUGUACCACGGCAGGACUGCCCAUGCUGGUACAGUGGACAGGAGCAUCAGCCGGGAGAGUCCAUCUCUGUGGACUGUAACACAUGUACCUGCAGCCAUGGGUCCUGGAGCUGUACAGAGCGUCGCUGCAUGGAGACGUGUGCCGUGUAUGGAGAGGGCCACUUCCUCACGUUUGACGGCAGGCGAUACCAGUUCCAGGAUGAGUGUAACCAUAUCAUUGCCCAGGACCACUGUAAUGACAGACAGGGCACGUUCAGCAUCCAUGCAGAGAUGCUCCCCUGUGCCUCCAGCAGUGGCCCCUCCACCUGUGGCCUGGCCAUCACAAUACGAUUGGAGUCUGGCACAGAGAUCAAAAUGACACCAAACAAGCCUCUAACCAUUGACUCAGCCGAGGUGUCAUCUCUGCCGUACAUAACUGACAGGUUCAGAGUACAAGCAGUUGGCGCCUUCAGUGUUCUUCACAUAGGGACUGACUUGCAAGUCAUGUGGGAUAGCAGAACUCGACUGUACAUUCGAUUGCCACCAGAACAACGGGGAAAAGUCUGCGGUCUUUGUGGGAACUAUGAUCUGAACCAAAACAACGACUUCACAACACGGGAAAACGUUGUAGAGACAUCUGUUCAGCUGUUUGCGAACAGUUGGAAGACUUCCACUACUUGCCCAGACACAGUACAGCCUGCACCCAGCCCAUGUGAGAACAAGCCUCGUGAGAUGUGGGCCAGGAGAGAGUGUCGAGUACUGCUGGAUGGUGUGUUUGCAACUUGUCAUCACAAGAUUGAUCCCCAGCCCUUCUAUGACGCGUGUGUGUCUGACUCCUGUGCCUGUGAUGGGGGAGGAGACUGCCACUGUCUGUGUACAGCUGUGGCUGCGUACGGAGAUAUGUGCAACCUCCAGGGGGUACAUGUUCGAUGGAGGACACAUGACUUUUGCCCUACACAAUGUGAGGACUUCAACCAGGAGGAUGAGUGUGAGUGGCACUACGACCCGUGUGGUACUGCCUGUCCUGCCACUUGUGAAGACUGCCACCCCACCGACUGUGACUUGCCUUGUCUGGAGGGUUGUCAUCCAAAGUGCAAGAAUGGAACAGUUCUCCAUGCUGGGAGAUGUAUCCCCCCAGACCAGUGCCCUGCCCACCCCAUUGUGGACAAGACUUGUGGUCCCUGCUGUAACAAGACGGCACCUGUGGAUGAGUACGGCUGUCGCUAUGCCGACUGUGUUUGUCCAACGUGUCCACCGGUGACCUUGUGCCCGCCGGGGCAGGCUGUGAGAUCUAUAGAUGAAUGUGGCUGUGAACGUGUCAGCUGCCGCUACUGUGUCCACAAUGGCACCAACUACAAUCUCAUGGACACAUGGAUGGUAGGAGAAUGUACAAAGUGUGAAUGUACAGCAGAGGUCGAUCCUAAGACAGACAACUAUGUUGACAGCUGUGAACCGGUACCAACUUGCAUAACUCUCAAAAAUCCAGGGUGUGUAGACUCCCAGGAACGUAAAUGGAAGGUGGGGGAAGUUUGGGAGGAGACCCCAUGCAAGAAGUGCACAUGUAAUGCUGAGAACAAUGUUGUCUGUGCCUGUGACUACAGUAGGGAUGGCUGCAGCACCCCCCUCCCCACAUGCCAACAGUGUGAGAGGCCUGAGAUGAUAAAGACAUCCCAGACAUGCCAGGCUGACUGGAAAUGUAGCUGUGACCCCGAGUGCUGCCCAGACAAACCUCACACCUGCCCUCCUUGCCACGAGUACCACAAAGCCCAGGGUCAGUGUUGCGGACAUUGCAUUGCCACUUCUUGCUGUGAAACAAAUUUGAAUGGAGAGGUUUCCAGCCAUCCAAUCAAUUCAACAUGGACACUUCCCACCGACUCCUGCCACAUCUGCACCUGCAGCAGCAGUGACGCAGGUGUCUUUGCCUCCUGCCUCAGAACGCCAUGCACAGAAUACCAGCUGCCUCCCGGCUGCCCAGCUGAACGUAUAAGGGAGGUCCCCACAGCUGAUGGGUGCUGCAUCAUGUCACAAGCUGUGUGUCCAACUAGUUCCAAGACUUGCCCCCCAAACACCAUUGCCACGACAGCACAAGACGAGUGUGGCUGUAGUGUCAUGACUUGUGGAUGCCAGGAGGAGCCAGUCUGCUCAUGGAGCCCAUGGAUGAACUCAGAUGUACCGUCCAAAAAUCCACCUGAUGAUGAUGAGACGUAUGAACACCUGCGUGCAGCUGGUCUGGAGUUCUGUUCCCAACCACAGGACAUCCAGUGUCGGAACAGUAAGGCACCUGACUUCCCCUUCGACUCCAUCAAACAGGAAGGCGUGGAGUGUGAUGUCAACACUGGGCUGCACUGUCUGUCCAACAAUAUCCCGAGCAUCUGGGGUCCGGGCACAUGCUAUGACUACUCCGUGCGUGUCUACUGCUGUGAAUCCCCACAAAACAAGUCGUGUGUGGACAACUCUGGACAGCCAAGGAAAAAUGGAGAGACGUGGUAUGAUGCGGAGGACCGGUGCAAAAGCACACUGUACAGCUGUAACUGUGGGCACAUCUCCAUGGAGAACACAUUGACAUGUCCAGAGGUGCAGACACUGACAUGCUUGAAUGGCCUCCCACCUGUCAAUAUUGGAGACUGUUGUCCCCAGUUCACCUGUCAAUGUAUUUGUCGGGGCUAUGGAGAUCCACAUUACCUAAACUUUGAUGGGCAGUACUACAUGUUCCAAGGGGAUGGACAGUUUGUGCUCGCUCGGCUUACAGGAACCCAGGAGGUUGAGAUAGUUGCUGAGAAUGGGGAAUGCGACCCUCCUGCUGGAAAUACAACCUGCACAAAUGCCGUCAUUGUCAAGUACAAGGGACACGAGGUCUCCUUAAGGCCAAGACAGAAGGUAUAUGUCAAUGAAUCAGAAUGGAGGCUGCCCAUCACCUAUGAGGGGAUGACUGUAGCCACCAAGGGGUUUGAACUGGUACUGCAGAUCCCAUCUCUGGAGGUCACAGUGACUUAUGAUUGGCUCAGCAGUGGGUUCUUCAUCCUUGUGCCUCCCAAGUUGUUUGGGAACCGUACAGAGGGCUUAUGUGGUCGUUGUGAUAACCAGAAGACUGAAUGCAAUGAUUGUGAGUGUCUGCACCAGUACAAAGUCCCCAACACAGGCCGGGUGGAGACAUCCUGUGUGCCUGUGCCUGAGUGUGCCAACCCACCACGCCACAGUAGCAUCUGUCAGGUGUUACAAGAUCCAGCUGGUCCAUUUUCAGCCUGCCACGCCCACGUUCCUGUUGAGACCUACCACCAGGCAUGUGUGUAUGACACACGGCACUGUGCUACUGAAUGUAGCGCCCUGUCUGCCUAUGCCUCUGAAUGCUUGCGGUUAGGAGUUUGUCUGGAUUGGAGGGGCAUUGGAAACAAUUGCUCUCUUAGCUGUGGCAGUGGUGCUGUUUAUAAAUCCUGCAGCUGUGAACAGACCUGUGAGAAUAAGGACAAUGCUGGCCAGCCUGACUGUCCUGCACCAGCUGAAGGCUGUUUCUGUGAGGAUGGGCUCGUGCUCCAUUCACAGACUGGGACUUGUGUGACUCCUGAUACAUGCUAUGGCUGCGUGGAUGAGUACAAUAAGCCCCGUAGACUGGGCGACUGUUGGACUCCCUUUGGUAACAGUUGUCAGUUGAUCUGCUGCACUGGACACAACCAGCUGACCCACCAGAACAAGACAUGCCCGGCUCAGCAACAGUGUGGCAUCGGCUUCAGGACGACUAUACUAGAGAACUCCUGCUGCCGUGAAGUGCAGUGUGAUCAGAUGGACGACGUCUGCAUCUACAACAGCCUGACCUAUCAGGUGGGCAUCUCCUGGAGUGAAGGCAUGUGUGAGACAUGUCAGUGCACUGAGGACAUUGACACGGACACCCAGUUCCACACGGUCAGCUGUCGCAGGAAGGACUGCCCACAUGUGGACGUGGCCUGCCCUGUGGGGUACACACUGACCACCAGUACUGACCAGUGUGGCUGCACACAGGUCAACUGUACCCAAAAACACGUCUGUGUGCACCUCAACCUAGAACACCAGAUUGGAUCCACCUGGAAUGAAGGGCAGUGUAAGCAGUGCACCUGUCAAGACACACGAGACCUUGGAACUGGUUUUCACCUGGUGGAGUGUGUGGACCUGUCCACCUUGUGCCCAGUUGUGGAGAAGUCCUGUCCUAUUGGCUACACCAAGACUGUCCUGUUGGACCAGUGUGGUUGUGAACAUGUCAACUGUACCCAGGAGCCUGUCUGUGUGCGUGGAAAUAUCACUUAUCAAAUUGGGUCAGUAUGGACUGAAGGUGCCUGUUUGGAGUGUAUGUGUAUGCCCGAGUUAGACCUGGUCACCAACUUCCAAGUCACCCAAUGUAAGCUCAGACCGUGUCCUGCUGUGGACAUGACCUGUCCUGUUGGUUAUGACCUGAGCAUCAGGCAUGACGAGUGUGGCUGUGGCCAUGGAAACUGCACACGAAAAGACGUGUGCCUGUACCAGAACAUGGAGUAUGGGGUUGGGACUGUGUGGACUGAAGAACCAUGUGCUAAGUGUGAAUGCACCCCAGAUGUGGACCAAGCAACCGGCUUCCACAAAGUGCGGCGCUCUAAACGUCGGACGGAGUGCCCUCAGACACCCGACACUUGUCCUGUUGGCUACAGUAAGGUCACGUCUGUUGACGAGUGUGGCUGUCAGCUUGUCAACUGUACCCAGGAGGAAGUCUGUGUACAUCUGGGUGCUGCAUAUCAGAUUGGGUCUUCCUGGAAUGAAAGACCCUGUGAGCAGUGUCAGUGUACGAGUAACCUCGACCCGAUCACACAGUUCUACCUGGUACAUUGUGAGAAGCACAGUUGUCCUUAUGUGGAGGAAAGCUGUCCCAUUGGUCACAGUAUUGCCAUCACAAAGGACGUAUGUGGAUGCAGCCUUGUCAACUGCACUCGUGACAAAGUCUGUGUGCAUCACAACACAGAACAUCAGAUUGGCUCGACAUGGAACGAGGGUCCCUGUGAGCGAUGUGAGUGUAUGGAGGAAUGGGACAGAGCCACUGGGUUCUACUAUGUGGAGUGUGUGGACCUUUCAACGUUGUGCCUUCCUGUGGAGAAGUCCUGUCCUAUUGGCUACACCAAGACUGUCCUGUUGGACCAGUGUGGUUGUGAACAUGUCAACUGUACCCAGGAGCCUGUCUGUGUGUACCAGGAUACAGUUCACCAGGUUGGUUCCAGAUGGAAUGAUGGCCCAUGUCAGCUGUGCCGAUGCACAGCACAGAUUGACACAACAACUGGCUUCCAUCACGUGGACUGUCUGAACAGGACAAGCUUGUGUCCUGACCUGCCGAUCACGAGCUGUCCUAUCGGCUACAGCAAGACUGUCCACGUGGACGAAUGUGGAUGUGAGCAUGUCAACUGCACUCGGGAGCCUGUCUGUGUGCAACUUAACAUCACCUACCCAAUUGGUUCAGAGUGGACUGAUCGGACUGACCAGUGCAGGACCUGCUCGUGUGCCAUGAUGAAUGGACAGCCAGUGGAACAGUGCAUGUCCCGACCGUGUCCGGCCCUCAUUCCCCCGAAAAACUGCCCCUUGGAGUUGCUGAAGGAGGUCAAUACUACAGACGGCUGCUGCAAGAUGUACGAUGACACCAACUGCAGGGAAAGCUGUAAAGUGUUUACCAAAGAGGAGACCCUGCAGAUUGACGAGUGCACCAGUGUUGGCUUGGUCAACACCACAUGGUGCGAGGGAAGGUGCAGGUCCAGUGUCACAUACCAAGCACACGAUAUGAACCAUGAGUGCACGUGCUGUCAGGACAAGGCCUGGACGGAUGUGUCUGUCCCCAUGCAGUGUACUGAUGGCACCUCUACUACGUACAACUAUCGUCAGAUAGAUGCCUGUUACUGUGACACAUGUCAGGAGGCAAAGCCCUCUACUUAAGCCAUGCAGCAUUCCCAGAUCAAUCUUAUCAAACGUAGUCAUCAUUAUCAUCAGAAUCUUGUGGUACCAAUACUGCAACAAAGACAGGACUACAUGUGGUUAGCUUCAUGUUGUAGGUGACAUAAAUGUAGUAUUAGUAGUGAAUGAAUAAUAUGCUUUCUCUUUUUUAAGAACAUUUCUAAGUCCACUAGGAAAAUGCAUUGCACUAGCUGCAUGAUGUUAUUGUAUUGAUGUUGUAAGACAAAGCAACAAGAGUGUUGACUAUUUUCUCUGUAUGUUCUGUCUUCUGCCAGAUUUCAAAAUUUAUUGCCUUGUCAGAACCAUGCUUUGUAGCAUACUGAAAAUUUCCCCAGAUAUUACAAACAAAAAUAUGAUAUUUCACUAUCAAUCAAAUAAUACUUUACACAUAACAUACUGAUUACUGCUAUAGCAGUCAGUAAAGACCAUUACUGGCAAAUUGUCAGGUUGUAAUAGUGCAUAUUUCAGGCCCGAGACAUAAUUUUUUGGCUUUCUUCAAUAUACAUGAUUGUGUAUAUACUUCUACAGCUUUACACCUGACUGCAAUACAUUAAUGGCUAUACCAAAUCAUUAUGAGGAUAUGUUUCACUAGUUUACCUUCUGUUCACAUACAUCCUUCCACAUUUCUGUGAUUUUACAUAGUCAAAAUUUUUGCUAUGAUAAUUCUUAUAUCAAUGUUUAGUUCUUGGAUUGUACUAGUAAAUGUACAUUGUGAUGCAUAGACUUAAGGUCAAAUGGUAACCUAUCAAACUGUGUUUAAAAGCCAUGAUUUAAGCAUGAUGUCUCACUUUAAGACUACAAUGUGUCAUGAAAAAUAAUAAUUCUUAAAAGUGA